AUGCCGCCGAAAUCUUCCAAAACCGGAGCCACACAGGCAUCCUCUCGACCACGCCCAUCUGGUGCGGCAGCGUCGAGCUCGUCCAGCUCGUCGCCUCUCUCGACACUAUACAACUCCUACGUGGACAACACACCAAAACGUCUCAAGCUGAUCGAUGCCUUUCUGGUGUUCCUGAUGCUGUCUGGAAUCAUCCAAUUCGCCUACUGCGCACUCAUCACCAAUUUUCCCUUCAACUCGUUCAUCGCAGGAUUUGCAUCAACGGUCGGCCAAUUCGUACUCGCAGCAUCGCUUCGCAUCCAGGCAAAUCCAGAAAACGGAAAGACCUUCCCCAAGGUCACACCAGAAAGAGCUUUCGGCGACUUUUUGUUCGGAUCGGUGGUGCUUCACUUCUUCGUGUUCAACUUUCUCGGCUAG